CAUUAUCUUAAUGGACCACCUAGACCAUCAUGGGAUUUAAAAUUUCAUACAACUUGGGCAUUGUAUAGAUCGAUGUUCUCACAACCUAGCAGUUCUAAAACAUUUGAGCAAAUGCAAAAAGAUAGUUUUCUUCUUUCUCCUGUACCAGCUGGUGUGAUGAUAAAUGAAUUCAAGAUAAAUAAUAAAUAUAGACACGAAGCUCAAGUUCAUCUUGAAAAAAUUUUGAAACCUUAUGAACAUGUCUUAGAUACUGAGUGGAAAGAUUUGAAAGAUGAUGGAAUUAAUUCUGAAUGGAUUCAAGUUCCUAAUGAUGGAUGGGAAAAAAACGAAAUUAAAAAAACUAUUUUGUUUUUACACGGUGGUGCUUAUAUCUUUUACAAUAAAGAAUCUCAUCGUGAUAUAAUAAGUCCUCUUGUCAAAAAAGCUAAUGCAAGAGCUUUGGUAAUCGAUUAUCGGCUUGCACCUCAAAAUCAAUUUCCUGCCGCAUUACAAGAUGCAUUGGCUGCUUAUUUAUAUCUCUUAAAUCCUCCAAAAGACGCAGGAUUUGAACCUUUGGAUCCAAAAAAUAUUGUGAUUGCCGGUGCAAGUGCUGGGGGAGGUUUAAGCUUGGCUCUUGGUCUUGCUAUUCGUGAUGCUGGUUUGCCAUCAUGCGCUGGUAUUAUCGGUUGGAGCCCAUUUGUUGACCUUACAUAUAGCACGCCUUCGUUAUCAGAUGAAAAAUGUUUAGAUUAUCUUCCAAUUGUGAAAGGAGGCACUAACGAUUAUAUAGAAUCUCAAGUUAUUAAGGAAUUUAAAGAAAAAGCUGCUGUUCUCACAGAAAAGAUUAAGACACAAAAUCUUGGUCCUAAAAUUUGGCAUGAUUCUUUUGAUAGACCUGAUGGAAGAUUUCAAUUUUAUGCACCUAAUGAAGGUCUAGCAAUUCCAUAUGUUAGUCCCAUGCUAGCUGAAAGCUUAGGCGAUUUGCCUCCCUUAUUAUUGAUAGCAGGAGAUGAUGAAAGAUUGCGAGAUGAAGCAAUUUAUUUUGCUUACAGAUCUGCUGAACCAACUAAAUAUAAGGGUCCAUCUUAUAAUGCUGGUAAAUUUGAAAAAUCUCCGUUCCAAACUCCAACGAAUACUACACUCGAAAUAUAUGAAGAAAUGCCUCACGUUUUCCAAAUGGUGGGACAUGUUUGCACUACAAAGUCGUAUGAAAGUACAGUCGAAUUCAUAAAUAAAGUGACAAGCGCUCUUAACGAACCACUUCCUCCUUCCUCUUAUAAUUGUAUAAAUGGUAAAGGAGAAUUUGGACCUUUAAAAGAACAUCAUAAAAAAGUUCUUGAAUUGGAAAAAAUUGGUAUUGUACCGGAGUUUACUGGAGUGAAUUGAAAUGAACGCAAAGCUUCUUUUACGUAUAUUAACACUGGAACUCUUCGUAUAAAUCGGUAUUGUCAAUGUUCUUACUUGUUUAUAUAUAUAUAUAUAUGUA